AUGGCGGACCUUGGCGCAAGCCAGGAGGUCCACGGAGCUUCCCGCAUUUACCCCCUCCCCUCACAGCGACAUCCGAAUCUGAAUCUUACAGCCGAGGAAAAGCGCGUCUUUUACCAACUAUUCCAGGCCGCCGAUACCACCAACCUCGGCGUUAUCACCGGCGAGAUCGCAGUUCCAUUCUUCGAGAAGACACAUCUCCCUGGCGGUGUUCUUGGAGAGAUCUGGCAGAUUGCGGACAGAGAGAACAGGGGUCUUCUGACUCCAGCUGGAUUUGGGGUUGUUCUUCGAUUAAUUGGACACGCCCAAGCUGGCCGUACACCAUCUGCUGAGCUAGCUUUGCAGCCCGGCCCGCUGCCCCGAUUUGAUGGAAUCGCAGUCGACAACACAGCUCCUGUACCGGAGCCGAGCCCCGCGAGCCCUCCACCGGGUGCAUCUGGCCCUAUUCGCGUCCCUCCGCUGCAGCCCGAUGAUGUCAACAAAUUCGUUUCUCUCUUUGACAAGUCUGAGGUCGUGAAUGGCAUUAUGUCGGGCGACAUUGCUAAGCAAAUCUUUGAGCGCGCAAGAUUACCCAAUGAGAUUUUGGGUCGUAUAUGGAAUCUUUCCGACACACAGCAGCGCGGUGCUCUGGAUGCCACGGAAUUCGUUAUCGCCAUGCAUCUUCUAACGUCGUUCAAGUCCGGUGUAUUGCGUGGUAUUCCGCAGACUCUACCGCCUGGAUUAUAUGAAGCGGCGUCUCGUAGGGGCGCUGCUAGGUCAUCCUUUGGUGCUCGGCCAGAAGUUCCACCAGUUCCGUCAAUCCCCAGGCAAUUUACUGGCUCUCAGCGAACUGCAAGCCCCUUGGGCCCUGCUCCUGUCCCGCAGUUCGGAGGUCAAUUGUCCGCCCAGGCAACAGGUGGAGAUUGGCUGAUUUCCCCGCAGGAGAAGAUGCACUUUGAUGGGAUAUUUGAGACCGUUGAUACCGCUAAGCGUGGACUUAUUACUGGUGAUCAAGCCGUGGGAUUCUUCAUGAAGGCGCAACUAGCAGAAGAGGUCCUUGCCCAAAUCUGGGACCUUGCUGAUAUCGAUGCUGAUGGUCAGUUAACGCGAGAGGAGUUCGCCGUGGCUAUGUAUUUGGUGAGAUUGCAGCGUGGCGGAAAGGAGCCUCUACCACAAGUGCUUCCUCCCGCUCUGAUUCCGCCUAACAUGCGACGCCAAGCUCCUGCUCCGGCUCCAAUGGCAGCCCCUGCACCUGCACCUGCACCUUUACCUGCACCUGCACCCUUGCCACGAUCUGCUGCAGAUGACUUGUUCGGUUUGGAUUCGCCUCCCGCGCCUGCUCCUGCCCAGCUUCAGAUGCCUCAGUCUACCGGUGGCUCUGCAAGCGCAUGGCACACACCUGCCUCUCCGUCUUCAAGGGCUUCCCCGCCAACGGCAUCCACAACUUUCAAGCCGUUUGUCCCGACAUCAUCCUUUGGUCAAAGUCUGCAACCCCAAUCGACCGGGGCGUCUUCUGGACACCCGGGUUCAAUUCGUUCGCCUCCACCACCAUCCGACGAUUUACUGGGAGAUAACGAUCCGGAGGAAUCCAAGAAAUUGACACAGGAGACUAUGGAGCUGGCGAACUUGUCAAACCAAAUCGGAUCGCUUUCUAAGGAGAUGCACAAUGUUCAACAGAAGCGCACUACUGCUGAACAGAGCAUGACCCAGACUUCGCAGCAAAAGCGGGAUUUCGAGACCCGGCUUGCGCAAGCACGUACUAUGUACGAACAGGAGCUGGCGAGCUUCAAAGCCCUAGAAGAGCGAUUGAAGACGUCAAAGGCUGAGACCAUCAAGUUAUCUCAAGAGUACGCCCUGAUUGAGGGAGGUCGCCAGGAUUUGGCGAAUCAGUACCAACAGGUUUCCACCGCACUGGCUUCUGACCAGCAGGAGAAUGCUAGUCUGAAGGAGAAGAUUCGGCAGGCAAAUGCAGAGGUCGCUCAGCUCAAGCCGGCUCUUGAAAAGGCACGCUCAGAUGCCCGACAGCAGAAGGGACUAGUUGCAAUUAACAAGAAGCAGCUAUCCACCGUGGAGGGUGAACGCGACAAGGUCCAGGCCGAAAUUGACGACUUGGCGCGAGAGACUCCACAGUAUACAGAGGAUGUGACACCCGCCAGUAGUGUUGCUGAGGUUGCUAGUCCUGCUGCUUCUACCACCAGCCAGAAUACCAAUCCCUUCUUCCGUCGCACUGUGACAGGCACCUCAAGCGAUCGCGCUCGUUCGCCUGACUCUGGCAGCGAUCAGCAGAAAGCGUUUGACAGUCUCUUUGGUCAGACAUUUGCCAGUCCCACGAGUGCCGGACCGCCGCCGACCUCUUUCCGUGCCGAGUCUCCGUUGGCGAGGGCCAAAUCACCGGUUACCUCGAAUGUCCCAACUCCAUCUGCGUCUCCUGCUCCUGGAUCCAUGCCUGGAUCUCUGCCAGGAGCUUUCCCUGAGCCCCCCGCCCCUCCUCUGUCCCGUCAACUCACCCCAAACUUUCUGCCAUUUAAUGAAAACCAGUCUGUGACCUCGUCCACCAUGGUGUCUCCCCCUGCUAGCAGAUAUGGCCAAGACACCUCGGGCUUUGGAACACCUUCUCAGGCGACAGCCAGUGAAUUUGGCGCUCCGUCAGUGACAGCGUCGAGUGACUAUAGCCAAGCGGCUGGCUCAACCGCCGAAGCCACACCGGCGCGUUCUCCUUUCGAGGAGAUGCCCCCGGCUAAUGAGGCCGCUGCCACUGUGGCUGAACCAUCGGCCACUUCUCCACUUAGCGCAGAGAGCCAGGAGCCGCCAAAGGACCUGUCUUUCGAUGAGUUGUUUGGCAGCAAGGCGCACAAGCGGUCUGAAUCCCAGAAGGAGAAUGACUUCGAGGAAGCUUUUGCAGCUAUGAAGCCCGCCAGUAACAUCGCAGGCGGGCCAGCAACUGCUGCCGCCGGCUCAGAAUUCCCACCCAUUCAGGAGCUCCAUCACGAUGAUGAAGAGGAAGAGGACAGCUCGGACGACGAGGGCCCUUUGGGGUUUGAUGAUAACUUCACCCCUGUAGCACCGUCAGGUACAAAGGGCAAGCCAGCUGAUUCUAUUGAUGCCGCUCAACUUGCUGCCUUCCCGUCUCCGGGAACCGCUGGGGCGUCAGGCCAACCCCCUGCCGCGGAUGCUCAGGCCAGCCCUCCCCAGUAUGAAAACAACACUAACGAUGCUCCUGAAUACAAUGGCUUGCUGCCCGUCCGGUCGGACCCUACUGCCGCACCCGAUGCUCCUCACUCUGUCGAGUCUGCGACCGGCGCACCGAUCAUUGACAACGAGCCCCAGCGGGAGAUGGUUUCUCCAGCCUCAGCCCCAGAUGCUAGCGCUUCCAGUGAGGUGAAGACAAGCGCCCCUGACUUUGAUGCUGCCUUCGCUGGCCUUAAUUUGGCACCCGCCGAGGAAGCAGACGAUGACGACGAUGAGCCUGAGGGUCACGAUAAGAACACCGACUUUGACUUUUCCUUUGACUCCCCGUCUCACGCUAAACAUGAAGCCACAUCCAGUACAGAUGCUGGCCACACUGGCUCAUCUGAAUUCUUCUCUUUCGACGACAAUGCCCCUGCAGCUGUGCCUACAGAAUCUGCCAAUGGAGGCACUUCCAACCAUGACUGGGACACUCUCUUCGCACCUCUUGAUAAUGCGAAGCCUGCCACUGAGGAAGGAGCCAGCACGUUCGACCCCAAGAAGCCUGGUUGGGCCCUCAAUACCGACACCGGCGAAGAUGAUCUGAUUCUCCAGCGAUUAACUGGCAUGGGCUUCCCUCGGGAGGAAUCCCUCGGAGCUUUGGAGAAGUUUGACUAUAACCUUGACAAGGCUGCCGACUAUUUGACCUCCAAAUAA